AUGCCCCAAGACCCUCCUCCAUGCCCCAAGACCCUCGUCCAUGCCCCAAGACCCUCGUCAAUGCCCCAAGACCCUCCUUCAUGCCCCAAGACCCUCCUUCAUGCCCCAAGACCCUCCUUCAUGCCCCAAGACCCUCGUCCACGCCCCAAGACCCUCCUUCAUGCCCCAAAACCCUCUUCCAUGCCCCAAGACCCUCGUCCAUGCCCCAAGACCCUCCUCCACGCCCCAAGACCCUCCUCCACGACCCAAGCCCCUCUCCACGCCCCAAGCCCCUCCUCCACGCCCCAAGACCCUCCUCCGCGCCCCAAGACCCUCCUCCACGCCCCAAGACCCUCCUCCACGCCCCAAGACCCUCCUUCAUGCCCCAAGACCCUCUUUCAUGCCCCAAGACCCUCCUUCAUGCCCCAAGACCCUCCUCCAUGCCCCAAGACCCGCCUCCAUGCCCCAAGACCCUCGUCCAUGCCCCAAGACCCUCGUCCACGCCCCAAGACCCUCGUCCACGCCCCAAGACCCUCCUUCAUGCCCCAAGACCCUCAUCCAUGCCCAAAGACCCUCAUCCAUGCCCCAAGACCCUCGUCCACACCCCAAGACCCUCCUUCAUGCCGCAAGACCCUCCUCACACAAACACUCAUCACCAACAAUACUCACACUUGA